CCGCGUGGGGGUGGGGGAGCGAGUGUGGGGCUGUGCGGUCCCCAGCUGCCUCAGCCCUCGGCCUGGGGCGUUGGGAAGGGGGUGACAGGAGACCCUGUACCUCCGUCCCCUCGCUCCCCCGAGAGAGUGGGCCAAGCUGGGCGGGGCGGGCGGUGGAUCAUUAACCCGGGAGCCCUGGCGGGUGCCGGGCGGCCCUAUUGGUCCCCCACCAUCAGGCCAGGCUGUCCCUGGCAGGAGACUGCCCUGCUGGUGCCCCCUGGACCCAGCCCUUCGCUGAGCCCGACUGUCCGUGGCCUCAGUUCCCUCUCGCCCCUUCCUGGCGCCGGGAUGGCAGAGGCCCGCCCGUGGGGCUGGCUGCUCUGGGUGCUGCUCCUGCAGGCGGCCCAGGCCCAGCCAUACACGCCCAUCCACCAGCCCGGCUACUGCGCCUUCUACGACGAGUGCGGAAAGAACCCCGAGCUGUCGGGGAGCCUGGCGGGCCUGGCCAACGUGUCCUGCCUGAACAACACGCGUGCCCCCCGCCUCACGGGCGACCACCUGGCCCUGCUGCAGCGCGUCUGCCCCCGCCUCUACGCCGGCCCCGACGCCACCUUCGCCUGCUGCUCCCGGAAGCAGCUGCUGUCGCUGGAGAACAGCCUGGCCAUCACCAAGGCGCUGCUGACCCGCUGCCCCGCCUGCGCGGACAACUUCGUGAGCCUGCACUGCCACAACACCUGCAGCCCCGACCAGAGCACCUUCAUCAACGGGGCCUUGGCCGGAGGGCUGGCCUUCACGAAACUGACCACAGACCCCGUGGAGCUGUGGUCGGCCCCCAACAGCCAGGCCCGGCGGGAGAAGGCGUUCCACGACCAGCACUUUGGGCCCUUCUUCCGCACCAACCAGGUGAUCCUGACGGCGCCCAGCCGGCCCAGCUACCAGUACGACUCCCUGCUGCUGGGGCUGCGGGACGUCUGCUACGCGCCCCUGAACCCCAACAACGCCAGCCUCGCCGACUGCUGCAUCAACAGCCUCCUGCAGUACUUCCAGAGCAACCGCACGCGCCUGCUGCUCACCGCCAACCAGACGCUCACGGGGCAGACGGCCCAGGUGGACUGGAGGGACCACUUCCUCUACUGCGCCAACGCCCCGCUCACCUUCAAGGAUGGCACGGCCCUGGCCCUGAGCUGCAUGGCUGACUACGGGGCCCCCGUCUUCCCUUUUCUCGCCGUGGGGGGCUACGAAGGGAACGACUACUCGGCGGCCGAGGCCCUGAUCCUGACCUUCUCCCUCAACAACUACCCUCCCGGCGACCCCCGGCUGGCCCAGGCCCGGCUCUGGGAGGGGGCCUUCCUGGAGGAGGUGCGUGCCUUCCAGCGGCAGAUGGCCGGCACGCUCCAGGUCACCUUCAUGGCGGAGCGCUCCCUGGAGGACGAGAUCAGCCGGACCACAGCCGAGGACCUGCCCAUCUUUGCCAUCAGCUACCUGGUCAUCUUCCUGUACAUCUCCCUGGCCCUGGGCAGCUACACCAGCUGGCGCCGCAUGCCGGUGGACGCCAAGGUCACGCUGGGCCUGGGCGGGGUGGCCGUGGUGCUGGGCGCUGUGAUGGCCGCCAUGGGCCUCUUCGCCUACCUGAGCGUCCCUUCCUCCCUGGUGGUCCUGCAAGUGGUGCCUUUCCUGGUGCUGGCCGUGGGGGCGGACAACAUCUUCAUCUUCGUCCUGGAGUACCAGAGGCUGCCCCGGAGGCCUGGGGCCGUCUGCUUCUUCCUGGGGGCCCUGACCCCCAUGCCCGCCGUUCGGACCUUUGCGCUGACCUCUGGCCUCGCCCUGAUCCUGGACUUCCUGCUGCAGAUGUCGGCCUUCGUGGCCCUGGUGUCGCUCGACAGCAGGAGGCAGGAGGUAGGGGACCCGCUCGCCCGUUCUGGACGGGGUGGGGGGGGCCCUUCACUUUGUAGAGAGGCUUGGAGUGGGCUUGGGGCAGGGACGCUGUGGGGAACGUGUGGGCCUCGUCGUCCCCUGUCCCACAGAAAAUCCCCAGCCUGGAGGGAGGGUAAACACCAGCUGGCAGCCCUUGGCAGCCCCCGGAGACGGUCUGGACAGCGAGAGCCCUUGCUGGGUGGGCUCCACGGCGCUCAGUCCCUGAGGCCAGGAAGUGCCUGGCCAGACUCGUACCUGCUCGACUAUUUCCUCUUUCUGAACCGCUACUUUGAGGUGGGGGCCCCGGUCUACUUUGUCACCACCGGGGGCUACAACUUCUCCAGCAUCGCGGGCAUGAACAGCAUCUGCUCCAGCGCCGGCUGCGAAAGCUUCUCCCUAACCCAGAAGAUCCAGUACGCCACCGAGUUCCCCGAGCAGUCUUACCUGGCCAUCCCCGCCUCCUCCUGGGUGGACGACUUCAUUGACUGGCUGACACCAUCCUCCUGCUGCCGCCUUUAUGCCUUUGGCCCCAACAAGGACCAGUUCUGCCCCUCGACUGUCACCUCGCUGGCCUGCUUGAAGAACUGUGUGAGUUUCACCCUUGGCCCCGUGCGGCCAUCGGUGGACCAGUUCCACAAGUACCUCCCCUGGUUCCUCAGCGACCCGCCCAACAUCAAGUGUCCCAAAGGUGGCUUGGCAGCAUACAGCACCUCCGUGAAGUUGGACCGCGACGGCCAGGUUUUGGCCUCGCGCUUCAUGGCCUACCACAAGCCCCUGAAGAACUCGCAGGACUACACGGAGGCUCUGCGGGCAGCGCGGGCACUGGCCGCCAACAUCACCGCCGACCUGCGGAAGGUGCCGGGCACUGACCCGGCCUUCGAGGUCUUCCCCUACACGAUCACCAACGUGUUCUACGAGCAGUACCUGACGGUGGUGCCCGAGGGGCUCUUCAUGCUCAGCCUCUGCCUGGUGCCCACCUUUGCCGUCUGCUGCCUGCUGCUGGGCAUGGACCUCCGCUCCGGCCUCAUCAACCUCUUCUCCAUCAUCAUGAUCCUGGUGGACACCGUGGGCUUCAUGGCCCUGUGGGGCAUCAGCUACAACGCCGUGUCCCUCAUCAACCUGGUCACGGCCGUGGGCAUCUCUGUGGAGUUCGUGUCCCACAUCACCCGCUCCUUUGCGGUCAGCACCAAGCCCACCCGGCUGGAGAGGGCCAAGGAGGCCACCAUCUCCAUGGGCAGUGCGGUGUUCGCUGGUGUGGCCAUGACCAACCUGCCCGGCAUCCUCAUCCUGGGCCUGGCGAAGGCCCAGCUCAUCCAGAUCUUCUUCUUCCGCCUCAACCUCCUCAUCACUCUGCUGGGCCUGCUGCACGGCCUGGUCUUCCUGCCGGUCAUCCUGAGCUACCUGGGGCCUGACAUCAACAUGGCUCUGGUGUUGGAGCAGAGGCGGGCAGAGGAGGCGGCUGUGGCCAGGACAGCCUCCUGCAAAAAGCACUCCUUCCCGGUGAGCUGGGCCAACGGCACCUACGUCAACCGCGGCUUCCAGCAUCCUGCCGAGAGCGGGGACAGCUUCGGCGACCCUCCACCCCAGUGAGCAGAGCUCUGCGCAGGCUCCAGGGGCCGAGAGGGUUCCCAUGGGGACCAUGACCUGCCUCCCUCCCCCUCCCCCAGGUCCUGGAGGGGGUGCUCUGCCUAUGGGGUGCUCACAUUGGGACUCCCUCUGACCACCAGGUGCCCAGGCACCCUCCACCCUGGCAGCAGGUCCCUGGCUCCAAGUCAUUCAAGCCUUGGUCAGCACACACUUGCCUCCUUCUUCCCGGGACCUGGGUCUUGGGGUCCAGACACAGACAGGCUGGCCUGGUUCCUGACUCAGACUCGGCCACAGCUGCCCCUUUCCACCCACCUCCCCUUCAGUGAAACAAAGUCCCACCUGGUGUCAGUGAGUCUUCAGCUCUGUCCAGUAUCCCCGAGAACCAAGAGCAGGACCCACCCUGCAGGCAGCCAGGGAGGGGAGGGGGGCACUGCACCUCACCCGGGAGGGUGUCCCGGAAAAGACGCUGGUCAUGGAUUGGCCCCACUGGAAAGUGCCGUUCAGUGUGGCCUCCAGCUCCGAUUAUGAAGGUGGUUGCUGCCAGUCAAGGCUGCCGUGUGUCCUCAAGGCUGUGAGCUCCCGGGUUCAGGCCUGGAGCGCUGGCGCGGCUCAACCCAGCCCCAUCUCAGCCUCCGUGGAGAAGCACCGCCGAGGACGCACAUGCUCGGUGCCGUGCACAGGAGGAAGAAUAUGUCUGCUGAGCACAAAUGGAGUUUUGUGUCUCACGUCCUAUUCUGGUUGCCUCUGGACUUAAGAUAAUUUUUGUAGCCCAGCCGGUGAUGAACCAGAAGGUGGCAGUUUGAUUUCUGGUCGGGGCACAGGCCCGGGUUUCUGGCUCCAUCCCCAGUAGGGGGUGUGCGGGAGG